AAAAACCUUUAACGAUGUAGUCACAACAUAUAUAACCUAUACUAGCCAGUAGCCAAUUCACAUCGAGAGCUAAGCUAGCUGAAAAGUGAAAAACAAGCCUUUAAUUUGAUUAAACUUUAUGGUAGUAGUAUUAAAUAUCGACACAGUUUUAAGUUGGUUUGGUUAACAUUUACUACUUCUCUGCUACCUCUUUCCCAACGUCCCCCCUUUAUAGAUCCGUCCUCUCUAUUUAGUCCACGACCCUCACGUGACUCACACGUGACCUCAUUUCUUCUUCCACCGCCAUUAAUACAAAUUACAAACAGUUCUCUCUCUCACAAAAGAGCUUAAGCAAAUGGACUCUCACAUCAACCCUAGCCAUGGCGGAAACUCUUCUUCUCUCGAUAGUCUCAGACCGAGCGCAUUCGCCACCACCAUCAUCCUUCUCAUCACUCUCAUCAUCUCCGUCUCCAUUUGCUUCCUCCUCCGCUGCCUCAACCGCUGUAACCACCACUCCCCUCUCUCUCCAUCUCCCUCCUCCGAUUCCCUCCGAUUCUCUACUACUAGCCGAGUCUCCCCCGAAACAGAACGAUCAUCCUCGGUGCUCGACUCCCUCCCGGUUUUCAAAUUCUCCUCCGUCACUCGCCGAUCAACCUCCACUAACUCCAGCGACUGCGCCGUCUGUUUGUCGAAGUUCGAGCCGGAGGAUCAGCUUCGUCUUCUGCCUCUCUGCUGCCACGCCUUUCACGCCGAUUGUAUCGAUAUCUGGCUCGCGUCUAAUCAAACGUGUCCGCUUUGUCGCUCUCCUCUGUUCGCUUCCGAUUCCGAUCUGAUGACGAAGGCUCUCGGCGGAGAAGGAGAAGGAGAUAACAGUUUCCUUAUCGAAAUCGGAUCGAUCAGCCGUCGCAACAAUCCGAUUCCAGAACCCGACGAUCAGCACCGGUCUUACUCAAUCGGAUCGUUCGAUUAUGUAGUAGACGACGUCGAAUCUGAAAUCUCAGAGUCCAAUUUCGAUCAAACGCGAAAACAGGAAGACGAGCAUGCGACUGCGGUGGCGGUUACGACGUCAGAUUAUAAUCUUGCGUUUGAAGCGAGUUUGGCGGGAGAUAUAGGUAACGAAGGUUCUAGAAGCUGGCUUAGGGAUUACGUGGACAGACUCUCGCAUGGUAUAUCGUUCAAAACUUCAGGUAGAUUUUUUACUGGGAGCAGUCGUGGGAGCGAGGAAUUGACGGUGGUGGAUUUAGAAGCUAAUCAUGCCGGAGAAGAGAUUAGUGAGAUUUUCCGGUGGAUCUCAGGUGUGUGAGUGUGACUCUGAAUGACACAUCAAAUUUUAUUCAUUUACUUGGUUGGAAAGAAAGGAAACAGAGCCCUUUUGCUUUUGGUUCGUACAUAUUAAACAGUACUCAAAACUUUUUUCAGUAUUUUAAAUGGUACUAAAAGUUGGAUAACUUGUUUCCAAUGGGCAAGUAGCGUUGAUGAGAUACUGAUCUAUAAGCCCAAACCCAAUAUCCUGAAUUUGGGCCAACAUUUGGCGA